AUGGGAGCUGGGGCUGAGACGGUAAAAGAGAUCAGCCAGCCUGCCGUGGCCUACCUUGCUUCGGUUGAGCCAUCCUUUUCAGCCUGCCUCACGUUACUUCGCGCCUCGAGAUGCAGCUACGUCUGCGAGGUUGCGACAUGCGGCGGUAAGCUGGGACGAAGGGGGAGACAUCGACCAUGUGGCGAAAUUAGUGAUGACGCCGAUGAGGUGCGAGUAUUUUUGGGCGCGAACAGGAUGACUCAAGAGAUCCCGGUAGGUUGGGAGAGGAAGAAGAAGGAGGAGAAGGAGAAAAGAAGCGUUGUUCAAGAAAUGGAACUGGAGAAGGACGUGCCGACGUGGGCGCAAUGUGAACAUUCGGGACGCCUUGAAGAUACCUUACCUUCCGUGCUCCCUGAGGGAAGGAAGGUGGAUGGCCAGGCAGGAUUUGGGAAGGCGUGGCCACAGCUCGGGCAUCCUGACCCAAUCAGCAUAGCAGCAAAGGGGAGUUGGGAAGGAGCUCUGACCCGCGACGCGCAUAUAAACGGUGGACAUUCCCACCGUGAUCCAUCGCCAGGAGUGAAGGAACCCGCACACCGCGAAAAGAAGGAGCCCACCCAGCCGCUGGCUGCACCUGCCACCGACCGCACCGCACCCGCACCUACCGCACUACCGCACCGCAUCGCCGUCCGCCCCUCCGCAGUGUCCUUCCUAUCCAAUCAUUCCCAUUCGUUCCAGCCCAUCUACCACCUCAAUUUCCAGGGCAGGUUGCAAGAAGGUGCACACUUGGUGUGCUUGCGCCCAGAGUGUGCCUCCCUGUACUUUUACCGACUGCAUCCUUCCCGAUGGACGCAUGUCAACUUUGAGGCUCGAUUGACUAAACCUUGCCACCUGGAUCUUGGAAAAAGAUCAACGCCAACAAAUCCUCCUCCUCCUCCUACUCCGUACAUAACUUCACUUUACAAUCCCGUUCAAACGCAACACCCCCUUUCCCCCAUCCUGAACACCUCCCACCACUAUAUCAGAGCAUCAGGCCGCUUCCGAAAGUACCGCUGCUGCCCCGCACAGGAACGCCUGACACCAUCACCUAUCUGGCAUAUCAACAUCUCGGACAAGCUUGUGUCACAGCCACGCUCCCGACGUCAGUCGGUAUUUAUCGCCCCCUCAGGCUACACUGAGUCUCUCACUCUCACGCGGUCUGGCAUACGUAGACUGCAUCCGAAGCAAUACCAGGAUUGGCCAGUUGCGACGUUGGGUCUCGACAUCCACGCAGACUCACUGAGAGCCCAUUUGCAAAGCAGUUAUCCGGACAGUCCUGCUCAACAUCCUGCCAUCCACCGUUUAGGUCCGGUACACGCGCUGCCCAACACGUUGGCCGAGGCUGCCUUACACACGCAAAACACCCACACUUCUCACAAGUCGAUUGCGCUCUGUCUCGCCUUGUGUUCAAUAUUCAAGCCGAGCUUCGCAGCAAUACUCUGCCUCGAUUUACUGUCACCCUCGACGCGACUUGGAUUGGCCAUACGUCUGUGGGACCUUUACACCUUUGACUCCCAAGGAUAUAUGACGGUAGAACAGACUGUCAUUCCUUUCACCGCACGUAGCAGCCCACGCCUGAAUCAGGACUUAGACGCCACGCAAUCACACAACCAUUGCAAGAUUAUUCCUGCUAAAGCAAACGGUGUCGCAACCGCGGACAAGAUAGAGGUGGGGGUGUAG